CGGCGGUUCCUGCCUCGUAUCCGAUGGACGUCCUCGCCGAAGACCCGUCGUACUCGACCUUCCUGCAAAGCUACCUGCUUCCCAACCGGCCGGUGCUGAUCCGCUCGAAGCUGGCGUCGGAAUGGCCGGCGAGUAUCCUUUGGACUACGCCGGUUAGACAGGAGCUGAGCCGAGCCGAGGACCGGCGGGAAGACUUGACCGGACUUGUCCGGUCGUAUGGCCAUCUCGAGGUACCGGUGGUCAAGCAAAGGAUUCAAUCGUCCUCGUCUGAUUUCCUGGACGACUUGGAGUCAUUUCCGGACUGGGGUAAACGCAUCACCAGUCAAGAGAAUGACUGUAUGCCUUUCAGCCAAGUAGCCGCGUAUUGGGAAAAGAAACUAAGGGAUCCGACCCGGCCCAAUCAUCAAGAAGGACAAGCAGUGCUUAAUGAUGAGGAAGUGAUAUACGUGAAAGACUGGCAUUUGAUACGAAUCUGUCAGCAGACGAACGGGCCCGAAAACCUGGACGAAGAAAGACACUCAGAGAGACGCAAUGCGACUCCAUUUUAUCAGGUGCCCGAGAUAUUUUUGGACGAUUGGAUGAACGAUUAUUACUCCGCAGAAACAGAUGAUGAUUUCAGAUUUGUUUAUAUCGGCGAAAAGGGCACGACCACAGGACUGCAUACGGAUGUUUAUAACUCAUACUCUUGGUCGGCGAACAUUGUGGGCAAGAAGAAAUGGAGACUUUUUAGACCAGAAAGCGAUGAGAGUAUCACCAUCGAGCAGUCUCCCGGGGAAAUCAUCUUCGUACCGAGUGGAUGGAAACAUGAAGUCUUGAACCUCUCCCCUCUAGUCAUCAGUAUCAACCACAAUUGGUGCAACUCUGUAAACUUGCCGUCAGUUUAUGACGCCUUGGCGAAGGACAUCGAGGACGUGAAGGAAUCAAUCGCAGAUGUCAAAGCCCUAUUGAGGAAGAAGUGGGACAACCAACUUGCCGAAAGCUCGGGAGACCCUACCAGUUCAGGAUGGGAGCACGAGUGGAUUGAAGUUGUGCAAGAGCUAACCAAGCAGCACUCGGGCUGGAAUUGGGCGACGUUCUGGGGAAUGGUCAAAUUCAUCACAAUGCGUGAUUUCACCGAAGCCUCAACAUCGUCUCUCUUCGAUCAACCCGUUCCCCAGCACUCCCCUCCGUUGCAGUUUGUCAAGACCCAGAUUAACUUAUGUGUCAUGAAGUUCAAAAUGCGAGACGAGUUCAACUUCGAUGCGAAGUUGAGACUGAUCAUUCAAGACAUCGAGUCCUGUCUUUCGAUGCUCAAAUGACGACUGACAAACAAAGGCUUCUAUAAACGUAUGUAAGCAUGUAUCUCGUCCAAGACAGACCAUUAGAUUAUUGAAAUUUCUAUCCCUUGUUAAACACUUUUCAUAACUGGAGAUUUAAGGUGUCUGAAGCUUGACUCCGCCAAAACAGCAGACUAUGCUCUAUGACAGUCAACCCACACUUGCGCAUCAUCAGCCUGCGCCCUCCUUGGGCAUAAGAGUGUGUGAGUAGCCCCAGGGUAAGGUGGCUUCCACGCUUAACUGCUUGGAGAGAGUUCCAAAUUUGAAGAAGGCAUUCUUGCAAUGGCUGAG